GCAGAUUCGCGCCGGGUUGCUGGGGAAAUCCUUUUGGCGAGUCCGGGCCGCGGAGCCUUUGAAAAUUAACAAACCAACCAACAAGUAUUAAGAUCCAUCGCUUUUCUUGCCAGGUCCACGGGAUCUAGUGGUGGCGAAUGAGCCGCUGCCAAUGAGAAGCCGCCUUGCGAACUGCCUGCCUGGUGGGCUCCGCCUUGUUUCCUCUGGCAGGUGAGGAUUUUUCCCCUUGGGAAAAAGGAAUAAUUGGGUUAUUGGGCGGCGUUGGCUGCUGGCUGUGCAGGCCCUUCUCGGGGGGGGGGGGGCUUUUGAGCCGCCGGGGAAGAGGAGGAGAUCCUGGGCUGCCAGCGGAUCAGAGAGAAGCAGCUUGCUUUGCUUCUGCAAGUUUUCCUUUUCUUUUUUUUUUAAAUUAUUUUUAUUAACAAACCAAUCAAAUCACAUUAAUUCCACAUUAUAUCAAUACAUACUCAAUUCCAAAUAUUUCCAAAUAUUUAACCGAUUUUUAAAAAAAAUAAAUAAAUUUGUUGGGGGUACCCAUGCUUCGAGCUCAGAAAGUUUUCCAUUAGGAGACUCGCCUCCUGCUUCCCGGCCUCUGGGGCUUUGCAAGGCAGGCUGCCUUGGGACAGACACACGCACACAAAAGGUUAGGCAGAAGUUCCACGUGGUGUUAAAUCUCCGGAUUGUUCAAGCAGAAUAUUCCUGCACUGGAUGCGCAGCUUGCAUUUAAAACGCACGACUCUCCCACCAAAGAAUCCUGAGAACUAGUUUGCCAAGCAUGCUGAGAGUUGUAGCUCUGUGAAGGGGUAAACUACUGUUCCCAGUUACCUUUUUCGGGGGGGGGGAGCCGUGUGCUUUUGCUGUGUAGUGCACAUACAACCCAAGUCCAUUGGUCUCUACAUCUGGGCUCCGACCCACAUCAGUUCUCCAGGAUCUGAGGCAGAGGUCCGCCCCAUCUCCUGCUGCUCAGUCUCCUAUGGGAGUUUUCACAGGGGGUUGUUUGCUGCUGUGGCAGCACAAGGUCCUUUGAUUCCUUUCCGCUGAGCAGUGCUGAAUCAUCUGCAAGGAAGGGAGAGGAAGGUGGGACGGAUGAGAGCCCAGUGUGGUGGAGUGGUCAGAGGGUCAUACUAGGACCCAAGAGAGACGAGGGUUCAAAGCUGCCCAGAAUGGCUGGGAAAAUCCACUCAGAUGGGUGGGGUAUUAUUAUUAUUACUCUCCUCGCUGGGUGACCUUGGACCAGUCACUGCCUCUCAGCCUUUUGGAGAAAAAGGUGAGAUUUAAAAACUGCAAUAAAUAAAUACAAUACAUGAAAUUAAGAAUGGGAAGAGAAGGAUGGUUGUGGAGGAGGGCAAUAAGUCAGAUCUCUCACCUCCCCGAAUUAAAUUUUUAAAAAUGGAAUGAGGAAUGUGACAGUAAUACAAAUAUAGUCCUGUAGCAAACCAACACUGACUUGUUUUACAUUACAGGUAAGAGGUGUGCUAAAUAUCAUAAAUAGAUUUUUUUAAAAAGAGGAGGCACAAACGGAAACAGGAACCCUGAAAUCUGGAAUGCACUAAAGGCUCCCCCUGCAGACAAUGAACGAGUGGACGCCCAUUGCAAAAGAGUAUGAUCCCCUCAAAGCUGGGAGCAUUGAUGGUACAGAUGAAGAGCCCCACGACCGGGCUGUUUGGAGGGCCAUGACGGCACGGUAUGUCCCCAACCGAGGCGUUUCAGGGGACCCUCACCUCACGCUGUUUGUGGCCAGACUCAACUUGCAAACCACAGAAGAGAAGUUAAGGGAAGUCUUUUCUCGGUACGGAGACAUCCGGAAGAUCCGCUUGGUUCGAGACCUAGUCACUGGCUUCUCCAAGGGCUACGCGUUCGUUGAGUUCAAAGAGGAGCGUGCCCUUGUGAAAGCUUACCGAGAUGCCAACAAGCUGGUUAUUGACCAGCGUGAGGUAUUUGUGGACUUUGAGCUGGAGAGGACCCUCAAAGGGUGGAUCCCUCGGAGGCUCGGGGGCGGCUUUGGUGGCAAGAAGGAGUCGGGGCAGUUGCGGUUUGGUGGCAGGGACAGGCCCUUCCGGAAGCCCAUAAAUUUGCCUGCCAUGAAAAGUGAGUUUUACGGGGAAGGACAGGCGGAAAAAAGAGAGAGAGGUUGGUCCAGGGACUGGAAAACGAGGAACAGAGACCAGAGGCGCUCCGAACGGGAGUGGUCGCGAGGAUGGGCAGAGAGAGAUGGAGCGCGGCACUCCAGAGAGGAACGGAGCAGAGGCAGAGAGAGGAGAGAUCGAAGUCGGGACCGCAGCUCAAAGAAGCAAAGAGAUGAAGACAGGCACUGAUGGGCCACUCCCUUCCAGUGCUACGCAGCCACAGAACACCAGUGGAUUAUGGGAAAUUGUGGGCCCAUCUUCAAAAGCAAACUGAGACAAAGCCUGGAUAACUGGCUCGUAAGCUUCAAAACAGUGGGGUGUUUUCACCAUCACGCUCCACUGCACACUUAAUGGGUUAUUCUGUAUGGUGUUGCAGGUUUUGAUGAAAUUGUUUAGUCAUCUUGCUCACUCUUCUACACCACCCUGUCCAAGUUUUUUGGUGCAUAUGACCAGUGAUGCACAACAUUCGUGGAAUUCUAACAAACAGAGCAGAGAAAGGAAAUCUCAAUUUGACUAAGGGGAAUGUAGUAAUUCACAGGGCAGGGGAAAGGAGGGCCUGCAGUGUAAAGGCAGGGAGGGUGGGUGAGGAGAGGGAUUUUAGAGAAGCAAGAAAAGGGGCCAGAUAGAAGGUUGCUAAACAAAAGGAGAUAAAGAGUAGGCCAGAGGUGCUUAACUCGUGUCCUUUGGGAUGCUGCUGGACUGCAGUUCCCAUCAUCCCCAGACAGCUUGGCCAACGGUUAGGGCUGAUGGAAGUUGUAGUGCAGCAACACCUGGUGAACCGCCGGUUCCCCACUCCUGAGAUAGGCAGUGGGUUGAGGAGCAUGUGGUUCAGUGGGAUGAGAAAAGGAGACACUAAGGAGAAGCAAGGGUAGGCUGGGAGGUUCUCCUGUAGGCCUUUGAGGUGGGAGUGAAAUAGAGCAGCAAGACUGUGGACUGGGAUAGGGAACCUGGGACCCUCCAGAUGUUGCUGGACUACAGCUCCCAUCAUUCCUGACCACUGGCCGUGCUAGCUGGGGCUGAUGGGAGUUGGAGUCCAGUGGUGUCAGGAGAGGCACCAGGUUCCACCAACCUGGGCCUAGGACGUAGGACUGGAUUUCUUGUAUCAAUUUGGAUUAAGGAGCCAAACCUUUGCCUGAGGUCCGUGGCUUAUAGAAGAUGCAAAAACAGACAACCUCUUGUUAAUCCAGAAAUAGUUUAUUUAGAAUAUUAAAAAGAUCUAGUGUUAACAUAGCCCUAUACCCACCCAUUCCCUCCAAACAUGCUGUUUAUUGCCUUUUUUUACCUUACAGUACCCUGAAUCUUUAUUAAAGAUACACAUUCACUCCUUUUGCAUAUCACACAGUUGUGUGCUAAGCCUUAUCAGACAAUUGCAUUAAGGGAAUGCUCAAGUCUGUGACACUUAGCGAGAUGUUAGUGCCUUGCUAGGAACUGAAAGCACAUUGGCAACCCCUGUAAUAUGGGAUUGAUAUGGCAUGGAGACUUGUGACUUGUUUUGAUGGUGGUUCUUCUGGGGUUUUUUAUUUGCCCUGCACACCUUUGAAAUGCGCCCUUGGGAGCAUGGUUGGGUUUGAAUCCAGCCUUUGGGUUAAAAGUGUUUCCCAAGCCCUCCUGUAGUGUAAUAAAUUAUGCAAAACAAGCAUCUUUGCAGUGUUUAUUCAGGUUGUUGCAUCUGUGUGCAUGUGAUAAAGAGCAAAAAUAAAAACAAACCCCCUUUUAAAAUUAUAGGACUAUGGGGAAACUCAAUUUCAGCAACACUUAAGCAUGUAAAAUAUUAACAAGGAUUUCCAUUAUUGCAUUCAUACUGUAGUCCAAAGUGGCUGUCCAUUAGGACAGGUAGGCUGUAAAGCAGGAGGCCAAGAGGUGGUGGAGCCAGAGCCAAUGAAAGGGUGGAACUCACCAUAGUUUUGUCUCCAUUCUCCCUGCUAAGUCAGCACCAUCUCCCUGGACUGGUUUUAAGAAGGCAGGCAGCUGGCAGCUGCUGAGGGCAGACUGAGAUUGGUGGGGCACUGCCCCAUUUGCCCUAAUAGACAAGCCUCCACUGUACACAUAGUUCCAAUGAUGACCUCACGGACAGAAGGCAGCUGCUGAUGUUGCUGCACAGGUCAAGUUCUUGGGAUACACUGGACUGCCUGUUCACAGAGCCAUGGAAAAUGGACAAGCUGCAUAUUUGGGGCAGCUCUCUCCACUUCUUCACAAGCAGUCGCAGAACAAGAAAUAGCAAACAGAGUUUUAAAAAAGAGCUACAUGCCAAAAGCUUUUAAAUACAAUCCAAAACCUAAUCUGUAUUAGGAGCAACAAAAAAUGCUUUCCAGUUUUCCAAAAUACUUCUAAUUUAAGAAGAACUGGGGAGGGAAGAAAAAUCAAAGAAUUCUAAGAGUUCGUAGGGACCACAAAAGUCAUCUAGUCCAACCCCCUGCAGUGCAGGAAUCUUUUGCCCAACAUGGGUCUUGAACCCACAACCCUGAGAUUAAGAGUCUCAUGCUCUACUGACUGGCAUGAUGUUAAAGUCCUGAAAUCCACAGCUUGUGGCAGCCGGGAGGAAUUGUACACUCGACUUGAAAACUGCAGGCUUGUAGGGCAGCCUUGUAAAUAAAUAAAUUCAAAAAAUUUACUAUUUUAAUAUGUUCUGUUGACCACUCCUCUGUAUCAAGCUUGGAAACACAGGCUAGCAUCUUAGCAAGCUCUUAGGAAAUACACAGGCUAGUGGGGUGGGUGGGUCAAAUGAUCCAUCCCCACUUUCGUUUCUGGCUUCCCAUGAAAGAAGCUUUUAUUCUAUUAUGGCUACCAUGGAAACCCAAUGGGCUCGUGGUGGAGGAACCAUGGUCCAUCCUUGUCUUCCUCCAGCCCACUAAUUUGCUUGCAAUGUCUUGUGUCAUAUGGCUACAAAGCAAGUUGGUAAAUAAUACAGGGUUGCUCCCAGGCUUUAGCAGUAUUUUAUCUCUUCCUCUGCCCUGCUUUGUUUAGCAUCUAGCUCAUGGAAGAACUCUGGGGAACUCAAAAGCAGGCUCAUAACAUGAUAUUUUCACUGGUUCUGAUAAAACAAGCCUGGGGAUCCUGUGGCGCUCCUGAGACUCAGUCUACAACUUUCAUUAUCCCUGGUCACUGGCCAUGCUAGAAGGGACUAAGAGUCUCACUAUAUCUGAAGAGCCACCUGUUCCCCAUCCAUGCAAUAAAGGGAUUCUGCCUAUUGGAGUAGUAUUUUUAGUAGAUCAGCACAACUACCCACAAUGUUUAGCUAUAACAAUGUCAAGUGACGGCAACCAGACGCAAUGAAGCAAUGGUUGUCAGUGGUCAGUUUUUGCCAGGCUUCUCCACCUUUUGCAGCUGCACAAGAAACAAAUUUAGGAGGCAAAGACCCUGCCCUGAUCAUUGCUUCUGAAUUUUGGAAGAACUUUAGCUGCAUGGCCUGACAUGAAGUCACUGAACAUUUAGCUGCAAAACUGCUAUCAAGCAGCCCAGUUCUUAGCUUGCCUGCAGCCUGGACCUAAGCCUAUUUACUCAAGCAACUUUCCAAAGAGGUUAAAUGGGAUUUGCAUCCUGUGCAUGUAGGAUUUUAGUUU